AUGAUACUGGAAAUGCGAUGGACUGCGGGCAGCGGCGCCCCCAGGAACACUCCCAACGGCGGUGGCGCCCCCAAGAGGUCUCGCAGUGACAUCACCAGGGUACCUCCCAAGGGCUGCGGCGCUCUAUGGGCUGUCCCAAGGGCGGUGGCGAUCCAAGGAGCCUUGUCAGUUGCGGCAGUGGUCCCAGGAGCCCUUCCAAGGGUGGCGUCGCCCCCAAGGGCCAUCCCAGGGACGGAGGCUCCCCCAGGGGCUCUUCCAAAAGCAGGGGAGCCUCCAGAGGCCCUUGCAGGGGCUGAGACGCCCCCCAGCAGCGGCUCCCCCACUGGCCUUCCAGGGUCGGCGAAGCUCCUAGGGGCCCUCCCACUGUCGGCGUCGCCACAAGGGGUUCUCCCAGGGCUGGCGGUGUUCCCAGGGGAGUUCCCUGGGGCGUUGGCGCUCUCAGGGGCACUCCCAAAGGCGGAAGUUCCCCCAGGGGCUCUCCCAGAUGAGGAAGUGCCCCUUGGGGACCUCACUAGGACUGCUGCAUACCCCGGAGCCAACCCAGGAGAAUCGGCACCCCCACAGGCGGCAGGGGCCCUGACAAGGGUAGCGGUGCCCCAAAGGGCCGUCCCAGGGGCAUCAGAGGACCUCCAAGGAGUGGCGGUGCCCCCAGGGACAGGGCCCUUCCAGUGGCGGUGGCGCUUCCAGUGGCGAUGGCGCAUUCAGGGGAGGUGGCGCAAGCCCAGGGGUACUCCCAGGGCCGGCAAAGCUCCCAGGGGCCCUGCCAGGGGCUACAGUGAUCGCAGGGGCCUUCUCAGGAGUGACAGAGACCCCAGGGGCCCUGUCAGGGGCGAUUAUGACCCCAGCAGCUCUCCCAGGGAGGUAACGCUGCCAGGGGCCCUUCCAAAGGUGGCUGCGCCCCAAGAUCCCUCCCAGAAACGGCGGCGUCCUCAUGGACGCUCCAUUAGGUGUCGGAGCACCCAUUGGCCCACCCCUGGGCGGCAGAGCCUCCAGGGCCCCUCACAGGCGCGGCAGAACCACCAGGACUCCUCCGUAGGGGUGACAGCGCCCCUAGAGUCCUUCUUAGGGGCAGCUGCGCCCACAAAUAACCUCCCUUGGGCAGUGGCGACCCCAGGGGCCCUGUCAAUGGGUCCUAUUCCAGGGGCUGUGGCGCCAUCAGCUACCCUCCCAGGGGUUGCGGCACCCCCAGAGGCCUACCCAAAUGCGGCGCCACACCCACUGGGGUCCUCCUCGGGGCAGCAGGAGUACUUCAAGAGUCGGUGGCAAUUCAGGGACCCUCCCAGGGGCGGCAUCACCCCCAUGGGCCCUCCUUAG